GUUCAGCACUCGGGAUUUGCUUAACUCUUCAACUCUUAUUCAAGGGUGAGACUUUUAGAAUGGCCGUUACAUCAAUGGAUUAUAGAACGUGAGCUUGCACGAAAAUAAAGAGACAGUUUAUACUCGGCGGGAUUUGUUUGGAAAUCCCCGAACUCCGUCGGGGGCCGUUCCUGCGGGAUUUUAGGUACGUAUGUACAUACAUUAGUUGAGUGCUUCGCCCUUUGCUGUCAUUUUAGGGUCGAAAAUAAUUAUUCCUCGGCACCUCGUUCUCUCACAAUGAGUCAGUCCCAAGUGCAUCCAUCUCGAAAGAUCUUGCUGGUGGUUACCACGGGGGGAUUCACACAUGCCGCUCCUGUUUUGGAAAUUGGCCGGGUACUCGCGGAUCGUGGCCACGAAAUUGAAUUUGCAACACUCGAGGGACAAGAGAGUUGGGUGAAACCCGAGUAUGACUUUGUCAACAAGCUUCAUCAGUUAGGCCCCGGACCAACCCCGGAGCAACUCGAUGGUCACUAUCGGCGUAUGCAGGCAUGGGAUAUCUCCAAGGGGGUCGGGCAAGCUAUGGGAUCCAAAUACUUGUUCGAUUCCUUCUGGCCUCAAACCUACCAUCGUCUCAAAGAGAUCAUGGAUGACCCUGCGACUCGACCGGACAUGAUAGUCGCAGAUUUCUUUGUCGAGGCAGCCAACGAUAUUCACUUUGAGUAUAAGUUACCAAUCGCGGUCGUCUGUCCCAAUAUGCCUUCAUUCCAAUUACCCUGUCCAUACAUCCCAGGCCAGCCAGGCUUCCAGCUUCCAGGGACCAUGACAUCCGAGGAUACUCCGAUGUGGCUACGUAUUAUGAACGAGAUCUUCUUCUUCCCGGAUCUUCCAACUAUCAUACGUGCAAGGAAAUGGAGCAAGAAGAUGCGAAGCGAUAAUGGCGUCUUCCAUCCUCCUCACAAGCCUAGCAAACCAGACUAUCUCAUCUUUGUCAAUUCCUUCUUUGGCCUGGAGAUCCCGCGCGACCUACCUCCAACCGCUGUUCCUGUGGGACCUCUCUUAAGCCCGACUUACCCGCCACUAGACCAGGAGUGUGGGGAAUUCCUGGCCAGACAUAAAUCAGUCCUUUAUAUCGCCCUUGGUACUCAUAUCAUCCUGCCCCAUAAGGAUGCUGCGAAGAUAGUGAAGGCCGCAAAUCGUCUCCAAGAGGAUGGAUUAAUUGAUGGUGUGAUCUGGGCUAUGGGCAAGACAUGUCGAGCAGACCUUGACCGCAGCGCAUCCUUCCCAUUCAGAAACGACGAUUCGAAUGAAAUCACCCUGGGAGAUCUACUUGAAAACAAACAUCCGGAUUGGCUCUUCCCAUUUUCGCACCUCAACGUGCUAUCCUCGACAGCGAGUCAACCAAGCUCUACUUCACUCACGGUGGAGGAUCUAGGUCUCUACCAUGGAAAGCCAAUGUUAUCGAUGGGUAUCUUCUCAGACCAAAUCGCCAACACCGCUCGACUGGUCGCAGGAGGUGUCGCCGAGUCUUUGAGUAAACUUGGCUUUACAUCGGAUGAGGUCUACGCCAAAGCCAAGAAGAUUCUCAAAUCAGAAAAUGAGACAUACAGUCAGAACGUGCUACGGCUGCAGCGCAUUGCUCAUGUUGCUGCUCGUCGGAAAUACCAUGCCGCCGAUCUGAUCGAGGAGCUCAUGUACGACAAUGAGCUACGGUUCAAAGACGGCAAGGAAUUACGACCCAUGCACUUGCAGACGGCUGAUAUGCGUAUGUCUGCCUUUAAGGCCAAGAACUGGGAUAUCUACGCUGUCAGUGGAUUGGCUCUAGCUGCGGUUGUGGGAUCGACGUGGUUGGCUGGUCGCUUUGCGUGGCGGUAUCGCGGCCCUGUGAUCGGACAAUUCCGAUCCCUUGCGCUUGCAAGUUGGGAAUCUCUGAAGAAUACUGUCAGCAAAGUAGGGUUUGUCUAA